AUCUUUGCGCAUCGGGAUCGUUCCGGGCUCUCACACAACCUACAUAAUUACAAAACACAAAGCACCGGGCGUUGCUCACUUUUUUCUGGCUUCAUUAGCUUGUGUCUCUUAGGCUCAUUCUACUGUCACUGUCCCUCGACGCAAUAAGCGCUUGACGGCUCUAUCGCUUUCCUAAAAAAGAACCCGCCCCUCUUCCUUUCCUCUCUCAAUGGCGAAGACCGACAAGCGACUUGCUGCAUCAGUAAACCGACGGAAUUCCGACCUUCCUACCAGCGUGACAAUUGUCAAUGAAUCCACACCGCUUGUCCAGAAACAUGGCGGCGGACAGACAGCCCUACGUUCCCACCAGCAGCAACAACAACAACAACAACCAGACUACAAAGUAAUUUCGUUGAGCAACGAUCCUGCUACAUUUAAGAAGGAAAUCCAUGGUCUAUUACUGCUAGUACUCUCUGCUAUGGCCUUUACGUUCAGCGCUCUCUUCGUCAAGCAAUGCGGCACCAGACUACCCUCUUUUGAGAUUGUGUUUGCUCGCUCAGCUAUUCAACUGGUUCUGGCGCUUGCAAGCUGUGCUUUACUACGAGUAAAUCCAUUCGGAAGCAAAUCCGGAGUGCGGAUAUGGCUAAUUGUAAGAGGAUUUGUCGGGUCCAUCGGCUUGAUACUCUUUUUCUACAGUCUUACAAAACUGACUUUGUUGGAAGCAACAGUCAUGUUUUUCCUAGGUCCCGCUUUCACAACAGCCUUGGUUGCUGUCCUGUUUAACGACACAUUUACAAUCUUUGAUGGCUUUUGCUCGAUUCUUUGUACUGCUGGCGUCAUUCUGAUAUCUCAACCACGACACUUGUUUGGCAGGCGCAAUGACGACAGCUCAUCUUCUAGAGAUAUGGAGCGAGCAUUUGCAAUUAUAUGCGCGUUGACAGGUGCCUUCAUGUCCGCCGCUGCUUAUGUUGCCGUACGAAAAGUCGGGAAAGGCACUCAUUUCAUGGUACACGUAUUUUACGUCGGUUUGAUUGCAACGAUCAUUAGUCCGAUUGGCAUGUUUGCGUUUCAAAAGUUCGUUUCGCCUCAAGACCACUUGUUAAAUGACUGGAUCCACUUGGGCCUCGUUGGCAUGUUGGCGUUUAUAGGACAGUGCCUUCUUAAUCAAGGUUUAAAGCUUGCACCUGCUGGUCCAGGAACCUUAAUGCGAAUGAGUGAAGUUUUCUCCGCCUAUGUUGUGGGUGCGUUUUUUCUCCAGGAACAUCCUAAUCUUUAUACCAUUCUGGGAGCUGCACUUAUCGUGGGCAUGACCACUGCGGUUGGAAUUCAUCGCUGGCAAGUUGUUACAGCCAGGAAAGCUGCUGCUAUUCAGCGUCGUCAAUCACGAGAACGCAUUCGCUCUCAUUCCUCUGGUACCACAGACCAUCGCUAAAGGGGAGGGCACCAAGAGAUAAAAGUACUUGUUAUAUACACAUUUUUAUCAUUGCGUUUUCCAGUUUACCAUUGUAGAAAAUAUAUAUCCCAAUUACCCUAUACACCACAUGUAAAUAUACACAUAAAAGGAUUCAUCAACUCUUUCAUAUAUGCGC